UGCCACCCAUCGUCACAAACAAAGCCUUCACUCAUAAUUGCAUUUAACUUGUUCAUUUCUGAGCUAUCUUAGCUCGAGACAUGGAGCUUAAUUUGAAGCGCCAGAUCGGAAUUUUUUGUGUUCUAUUGAUCUUACCAGCACUAUGCAGUGCUGCGUUUACAAAAUCCAGAGCAACAUUUUAUAGUACCUCUGAUGGUUUAGGGACUCCAACUGGACGCUGUGGGUACGGCGACUAUGGAAGGACGGUCCACGGAGGAAGUGUCGCCGGUGUGUCAAACCUCUGGAGGGAUGGAGUUGGCUGUGGUCUUUGUUAUCAGGUGAGGUGCACAAACCCAUCGCUGUGCAACAGUAAUGGAGCAUACUUGGUGGUAACAGACUACGGUGCAGGAGAUAGAACAGAUUUCAUAAUGAGCCCAGCGGCCUUCUCAAGUUUGGGAGUCAACUCAACAGCAAAUGAUGAACUCAGGAAACUAGGCACCGUUGAUAUUGAAUACCAGAGGAUUUCAUGCAGUUACCCUGGCCAAAACAUUGUCAUCAAAAUCAAAGAGAGUAGCACCAACCCUGGUUACUUGUCUAUUGUACUUUUCAAUGUUGGUGGAACAUGCGAUGUCAUUGCUAUUCAGUUGUCGCAGUCGGGCAGCAACACAUGGGUUUCUUUGCAGAGGGUGGACGGUGCAGUUUUUCAGAUUUCAAACCCGCCAAGUGGGACCCUCAGAUUCAGAUUCCAAGUUAAUUGCGGUUCUGGACUUGAAUGGAGGCUCCCCAAGAAUGACAUCCCUGCUAACUGGAGGGCUGGUGCCACUUAUGACACUGGCAUUCAGUUUUAAAUUUGUAAGAAUAAUAAUGCAUGAUUUGUGUUUGUGUGCUGCUGCCUCAUGUGAUUUGUUUUGUUGUUUUUUUUUUGUGAUGUGAGACUGGAAAAUAAUGGGGCUACUUGUCCGUCAAAUAUAUGUAUAUGAAGAAAUAAAUGUGGU